ACUUUGUAACCAUGACUACUCAGUGUUUAUUUUAUCGUCUGCUCCUGUGCUAGCCUGUUUUUUCACGUAAAAUACGCUGGAAUUUUAAAUAAACUGUUCAUUAGUAUAUGAUUACUCAUAUAUUAAUCAAAACAAAAUUUAUUCAGAUGUUUUAUUUCGCCCUGAUGCUUACUCUUUUCACUUUUUCAUAAUUGAAAUUUAGAAAUAUGAAUAUUUAGCUCUCAUAAGAAAGAAAGAAAUUAUUAUAUGGUCUAUACCAGAAUUCUAAAAUUAUCGCAGAAGCUUUUUUUUUAUAUAUCUCAGAAUGGCUACAAAUCGAUAUUGUGUGGAUGUUGCAAAGCGAGGUACAGCUGGUUGUAAAGAAUGCAAGAUUAAGAUAGAAAAAGGUGUGGUGAGAAUAGCAAAAGUUAUUCCCAAUCCUUUCACUGACAGUGGUGGAGAUAUGAAGCAAUGGUUUCAUGUAAAGUGCAUAUUUGAGAAAUUGUCAAGAGCAAGAGCAACGACAAAAAAAAUUGAUGAUAUAGAUGAUCUUGAAGGAUGGGAGGAAUUAGAUGAUGAACAUAAGCCAGAAAUCGAGAAAUACAUAGCAGAAUUUUCAUCUGGACAAACUGCUAAACCCUCUAAGAAAACUAAAAAGCAAAGUGACCCUGUGGAUGAAGAAGAAGUUCAGAAAGAAGAAGAUGAUGAUGAUUCCACUCCAACCAAAGAUGACUCUUUAAGACAAUUUCGAAAAAUAUGUGCAGAACUCUCUGAAGUUUCAGAACACAAAAGGAAAAAUGCUAUUUUAUCUAAAUUUUUUUCCAAAGGUUCAGAUGGAAAUGGUUUUAAAGGAAAUUUGUAUUUGUGGGCAAAAAUGCUUUUGCCUAUGGUUGAAAAGCGAGUAUAUAAUCUUCAAACAAAACAAAUAAUCAAAUUAUUUAGUGGGAUCUUUAGGUGCUCAGCUGAAGAGAUGAUGGAACAUUUUGAAGAGGGGGACUCUGCUGGAGAUGUUGCAGUUACAAUUAGCACUUUUUUUGAGGAUUCUAGUGCUUGUCCUCCAGCUAAUAAAAGUACUCUUUAUUUGCAAGAUGUUGAUAAAUACUUGCAUAGAUUGUCUCAAGUUUCCAGAGAGUUCGACCAAUCUUCUAUUUUAACGGAAAUUGCAAAGAAAUGUACUGGGAAUGAUUUAAAAAUGAUUAUUAGAUUUUUGAAACAUGAUUUACGAAUAAAUGCUGGUCCAAAACCAGUUCUUGAAUCUAUUCAUCCUGAUGCUUAUGCAGCAUUUCAAGCUUCUAGAAAUCUGAAGGAUAUUAUUAAUCGUUCAGUAAAGCAAAAUUCAGGGACAGGCUCUCAAAAAGAUUUGGUGAUUCAAAGUUCAUUAAUGACUCCUGUUUUACCAAUGCUUGCAAUGGCAUGUAAAUCUUACGAAGAUGUAUUUAAAAGGUGUCCAAACGGGUUUUUUGUCGAAAUUAAAUAUGAUGGAGAAAGAGUACAGCUUCAUAAAAAGGGUAACGAGUUUAGCUACUUCAGCCGAAGUUUAAAGCCUGUCAUGGCUCACAAGAAAAUGGCAGAAUUGAAAGGGACUAUAAGAUCUGUUUUCAAGCAAGGCUUAGAAGGAGUUGUUGUAAAAGGUAAAGAUGGUGUUUAUGAACCUGGUAAGAGACAUUGGCUUAAAAUUAAGAAAGAUUAUUUGAAAGAUGAUAAUAUGGUUGACACUGCUGAUCUUAUUAUUCUUGGAGCAUUUUAUGGCACUGGAAAAUUUGGAGGGAAUAUGUCAACUUUUUUAAUGGGAUGCUAUGAUACAAAAACUAAAAAAUUUUGCACUGUCACCAAAGUUCAUAAUGGUCUCACAGAAGAUGACAUCGAAAAGUUGCAGAAGAAAUUUGAACCAAACAUGAAGAAAAUUGGCAGGGAUCGUACACAAGUCCCUAGCUGGUUAAAUAUUCAUGAUUCAAUGGUUCCAGAUUUUGUUGUUCUUGAUCCUAAGAAAUCCUCAGUAUGGGAAAUAACUGGUGCAGAAUUCACUCAAACUGAUAUUCAUUCUGCUAAGGGAAUUUCAAUCAGAUUCCCACGUUUGACAAAAGUGCGUAGUGAUAAGACUUGGAAAGAGGCAACUAAUUUAGAAGAACUUGAGGAUCUAUAUAAAAUAUCAAAACAGACAUCUGACAUUGUAGGCUUGACAUAUAAUGAAGAUGAUGAACAGAAUAAUGCUGCAGAUGAAGGCAGUAGCAGCUCUAAUGAAAAGUCACCUGUUAAAGAUACAAAAUCACCUUCCAGCAAAAAAUUGAAACAGGAUGAAAGUCCAACCGCAAAAAAGCAGGUUUCAAAAAGAAAACCUCAAGAAGAUAGUGACUCUUCUUAUUCAACAAAAAAGACAAAGCUUAAAAAUGGUGGCAAAGGUGAAACAGAUGAUGGAAAACCUUCUAAUCAGACGUUGUCUAACAUAUUCUCUGGGGUAAAGCUUAGCAUUCCUGAUUCAAUAGAAAAUUUUGAAAAAUUGCGCAGGUAUUUUAUUGCAUAUGAUGGGGGUUUGCUGCAAGAUCAUGAACAAGAUGACGCCACCCACGUGAUAUCUUGUGAAAAUACCAAAGAAAAUAAUACAUCUAAAACUGCUGUCUGCGUAACUGAAGAUUGGAUAUGGGAUUGCAUAAAACUCCAAAAACUUUUGUCUACAAAUGCUUAUACAUCUGAAUCUCCCAAGCAGAAAAAGAAACGGAAAAAUAAUGAUUAAAAAUAUUUGAGCAAAUUUUUCAUUUUUAAGAUUUAUGAUUUAUAUAUAAAAUAAAAAAAUUGCUC